AUGUCCGGAGCUACCGCAGGCAGCCUCGACGAUGUCGAGAGACAUCGCCUGCAGCUUGAGGAGAACAUCGCUCAGCUGCGCAAGGCCCUGCAACACUGGCAGACCUGGGACGCCGAGUAUGAGGCCUUGAAAGAGGAGGUCGAAGCUUUCACCGAAGAAACCAGCUCAAACGGUGAACUCCAGCGGGUCCACGACGAAUUCGAAGGCGAGCUUCUGCGCGGAAAGGAGCUUGACGAGAUUUUUGGACUCCCGAAUCCGCGGCGAGCUGACCAAAUUAUCGGGCUUUUGGACCGGCGCAUCGACUAUGUCUCCAAAAGCGUGGAGAGCUUGCAGAAGCAGCUUGACGCGGCAGAGAGCAAGCAUGCCGCCCUUGCUGCCGCGGCGAGGGAGCAGGACGACCUCGACGAGGAUGGCCAACCGAUAACAGAGAUUGUCGAGGAGCUGGACGACGACGACAAUGUUCUGUCGUACCAGUUGAACCGUCCUGGAGAUGCGGUACCGAAGGUCCGGGAGGCUUUGGAAAAGGCAGGCGUUACCGCUUCGUCAACGUCCGAAGGCUUGCCCACAAACGAGAACACGUCCUCCUCUCAACAGGAAUACAAGCCCAGUCAAGCCAAGCCGAAAGCCGUGGACCGUUCCCAACGAUCCGCUGAAGCGGCACCUUUGCCCGCACCAAAGAAGGUCGUGUCCUUCACGGAAGAUGUGCCCAUGGAAGACGCCCCGACACCUGCACCUGAGCCCAAAAUGUCUCGUCAGGCGAGGCGCGUUGAGCAAAUCAUGAAGACUGCAAAGGAGCAGGAGGACAUGAGCAUGGACAAGGCUGUGAUCCCAGACGACGAGGACGAAGACGACGCCGAACUACGACAGCAGAUGCUCAGCUAUAGCAUGGGCGAAGUAGGUGCAGUUGUCGCCGAGCUCCAGCUCGAGGAGGACGAUACCGACUACGAUGACGAUGAAGGAUUCGAUUACGGUGACGAAGGGUUCGAUGAGGAUGAGGAUGACGACGAAGACAAGUGGGGCCGAUCAACGGGGCAGAUGGUCACGGACGACUAUCGCCAGCGCAUGCUUGAGCUUGAGAGGAGUCUCGGCAUCAAGUCCCGCUUUACCGAACAGGCUGCCGACGAGGAAGGCGAGUCUUCUGACGACGGUGAAGGCAUCGGCCGCAUCGUCAUCAAGAAAUCCGAAAACGCCCCGUCUGCGUCUAAGCCGGCACCAAGAAAGUCGAGCUUGAAGGACAAGCAGCCCAACGGCGAAGAGAGAAAGGGUGUGCGGUUUGCUCAAAACCUCGACAUUGCUCCGGAGCCGGAGUCGCAGCCGGAGCCAGUCGCUUCCGCUGUCAAGGAGAGAGAGGAGCCCGUUGUUGAUCCUCUUAGCGAUAUCGUUGAGCGAUCCGUCCCUCCCAAGUCUGCAGAACCCCCGGCCCCACGGAGGCAGUCCCGUUUCAAGAAGGCCAGGGGCGACGGUCCUUCAAGUGGAGGCCAGCCCAAGGGACCCUUUGAUGCUCCUCCGCAGUUCCUGGACAGUGACCCAGGACAGCCGACUCCGACCGGCCCUGAAGGCGCCACACUCGCAGAGCGCCUUGUGGAAAGGGAAACCACCGCUGCGCCCUCUGGCUUUGUCGAACCUUUGGAUCAGAACGCGGUUGCGGACGAAUACCAUCGGCUCCGGAAGAGGUUCAUCCAGCGACAAGGAGGCUUCCUUAAGGAGGACGAGACUCCGACGCGGGAAGUUGUCGACGACAAUGAGCCGCAAGAACAUGUCAGCCGCUUCAAGGCUGCCAGACUCUCUCGCCAGUAG